GUUUUGUCCCGGGCCAGAGGAACGUGCGCCUACCGAGGAGGAAGGACAAACCUCUCCUCUCUAGAGCGCGCAAGGUGGGAGAAGAAGAACCGAACCGACCACAAUGAGGUGGUGAUAUAAUAUACACUCAGACAUCUAGGCUUGACUAGGAAGUCAUCAUAAUAUGAAUGGAUUUAGUUGCGGAUCAACACUCUGGAACUACACUACAAACGCCGGCAAUCAGUUUGGCAAAAGUCUACGUCUGCGCGCGGGACGCACGGCACAUUUAACGCACCUUCCUUCUCCAGUGGACAUGGAAGCAGACGACAUUAUUUCAAGCCAAUGACCUAAAAGUUGCCAGGCGUGUGUGUGUGUGUGUGUGUGUGUGUGUGUGUGUGUGUGUGUUACUUUCACACCCAGACUUCUUGGGCUGUUUGGGUGAAGAGGGUUCAAUCGAGUUCACCGGACCUUGUCGUGAAGUGAUCCGGGGAUGGAACCGGAGGAGGGGAAACUCUCCGUGUGGGUCUGCCGGGAGGAGAAGCUGGUCUCCGGCGUGUCCAAACGAACCACCUGCGCCGAUGUGGUCAAAGUCCUCCUGGAGGACCAGAACGUGCAGCAGGGCGCCUCGGCGUCCAUGCUGUCCGGUCCCCCGCAGUCCUACUGCGUGGUGGAGAAAUGGAGAGGCUUCGAGAGGAUCUUACCCAACAAGACCAAAAUCCUCCGCCUGUGGAGCGCUUGGGGCGAAGAACAGGAGAACGUGCGCUUCGUCCUAGUGAAAAACGAGGCGUCGCUGCCCAACAACGGACCGCGGAGCGCGGAGGCGCGCGUUGUGCAGAGCAAAGACAGCAGCUGUCCCGCCGGCCUCGGAGGGGUGCCGCUGAAGGGGUCCGCCAAGGCCGGCUGGACCGCCGCGGCGGGCGCCAACCUCUCGCAGCAGGACAAGCAGAGACGCGUGGUGAGGAAGGCCUUCAGGAAGCUGGAUAAGAUGAACAAAAAGAGAGAGGAGACGAACGUCUCCAAAGACAAAGUCUCCAUGGAGAAAAUGGAGACGCUGGUCCACUUGGUGAUUUCCCAGGACCACACCAUUCGCCAGCAGAUCCAUAGGAUCAAGGAGCUGGACAAGGAGAUAGAGAGGUAUGAGGCAAAGGUGCACUUUGACAGGAUCAAGAGACACGGCGUCAACUAUGUGCAGGACACAUAUAUGGUGGAGAUGAGUGCGGAGAUUAAAACUUUUUCAGACUGCAAACGCAAAGCCGGGUGGCUGGACGCGCGCGGCGCGACCACCACGGAGGCGGUCGCGCAGUUUGAGGAAUACGCGAGCAGGUGCGAGGAGAUGGUGCGUCUCGAGGAGGAACUAACGGAACGAGAGGCGCUCGUGGAGAGCAUCACCGGCCAGCUGCAAGAGGAGCUCAACCAGCGGUGGAUGAGGCGGCGGCGCGAGGAGCUGGGGGGUCGGGACGCGGAGAGUCUCGGGGGCUCGGCCGACAUCACCCUGUCCGUGGCCGCUGCUACCGCCGCACCUGAGCACCUGCCCCACCCCCGAGCCCCUCCCGCCGCCGCAGAAGCAGACGUGGAGGGCCUGUCGGAGAACGACCUGGUGCUGGAGGAGGAGAGGAUCAAGACUCAGCUGGACACCAGUCUGUACAUCGGCCUGCGACUCAACACGGACUUACAGACGGUCAAAGGAGACCUUGACCUCAGUCUCGACAUGUGGGAGGCCAAGGAGAAGGAACUGUUGGACCUACUGGCAAAGGUGGAGACGAUGGAGGUGGAAAGGUUGAAUAAAGAACUGACCGUCUGUGAGCAGGGUGGCGCAGGGACGACGGUGGUGGUGGAGGCCCAGGUCUCCUCCUCUUCUUCUCCUGCGGCUAUGGAUAAGGCCAGCGGCUGGGUGGACCAGGCGAGAGGUCUGUCCAGUACGUGCAUUAUGAACGACGACGACUCGGACACGGGACUCAGUUCCAUGCACAGCCAGGACUCAGACAACCCGCCCGUCUGCGAGUCACUGGUAUGACCUCGCGAACAGGAUUACACCGCGCUACUUAAUAUGCAAUAUGAAAGACACACACUCAGGGGCAUUGACAUCUGUGUUGACGUUCACCGUGCAAGGAAAUAUCAAUCGUUCGUUCUCUCUUACAAAAAUACAAUGCAAAAUCGCACCUCAGUUCAGUUUCAGUUUACUGCGCCUCAACCGUUGCAACGAGACAACUUACCACGAGUCCAUGAACAACAUAGAGACGGAUAGCACUACCCUUCAGAUAUUAGGACACAUUCUUGUUUCAGGCAUGGCCUCUAAUAUAGCAAUAACUAUCAUAUUUGGUAGGCAGACCAGUAAUAUGUGAAGAUAAGUGUGAUCCUGAAGUAUUAACACAUAACACAUGUACUCAUAGCAUGCAUUAUGAAUAUAUAGUGUGUUAAGGUCAACUUGGUUAAAGUUUGUUUGUUAUCUAUAUAUUUUUAUCAGGCAGUAAGUGUGACAAUAUGGCAGUGUUUAUUUGUUCGAAAGGCACUGUUAAAAAUCUAGACUAGGCCUAGGCCUAUCUAACCACAAUUUGUAGAAAAGAUUUGUUUUCUUCUUUUUGCUACACUCCAAGUCUUCCCUAUGCUGAUAUCAAAUAACGUGUAAAAAAACCACAAAAGGAUAACAUUGAUUUAUCUCUUUCUCCAAACUUCUGGCACAUUUAAUACCUUGGGUUUAGCUCUCAAACCAAUCUUGCUGAUGUUCUGAUUUGACUCGAAUAUUAGACCCAGAUGGAUUAAAAUAUAUGUAUACUGACAUUGUAAACAUUAAGGGAUAGAGAAUGAUACAAAGUGGUCUUCACUUUGACAUUUUGCCAGUAGCCCUUAUGUAGUUAAAAAAAAAGACGAAUAAGGAUUUUUUAUUAUUAUCAAAGUAUUUUGAUAAUCCUAUACCCAUUGGGUCUAAGAAUCUAAAAGUAUUUCUUAUGUUUGGAACCAAGACAGAUUUUGCUCAGCUGGUUUGUAAUAUUGUUAGUAUUAAUUCACUUUUCAGUCAAAUCUGUUGUUGUUUUAAGAUGAGGAAAUUGCAAUAGAUCACCAUACUAAAUACAGUGCAUAGAUCAUUUUUGUUGCGCAUCAAAUUCCCAUGUCAGGUUAGUUGUCAUGUUUUGCCGAUCUAUUGACUCUCAUACUUGUGCUUCAGGUUGCUCUCUGGUUCUUUCAUGUUUCCCAUAUGCCUUCAUUCCAACACACAACCCUUUAAAAAACCCUGAGAUCAACAGUAACAUCACAAUACAAGUACUUAUUUAGAUGGCCAACCAAGUCUUAAAUAACUUCUAAAUAUAGUAUUGCGUCUCUUCAUUUCUCUAAACUGGAAUCAGUCAUGCCUUUCCUAAGGUGUUUCAAAGACCAAACGUACUGUGUGUGUACAUAUGUGUGUGUGUACGUGUGUGUGUGUACCUGUGUGUAUGUGUGUGUGUGUGUCUGUGUACGUGUGUGUGUUCGUGUGUUACACUAGAUGCAUCCAUUAAUGUAGUUCUUGGAAUAAAUGUGAGCUCAAACAUCCAGUUAAUGUUGUGCAUAUGAACUCAAUAACCAAUAGAUCAAAGUAAAAGCUUAAGCCCUGUAGCAAUGGCUUUUAACAUCGGAUUCCCAAUCCAAAUAACCCGAUCAAUACGAUGGACAGCAUCAUUCUGUACACUAAACUCAAUGCCUGUAUGUUUGCCGUUUCCUUUGUUUGUCUUGACAAUUGCAAGUGUACUUCUGUCUAUCGAAAGGUCAAAUGUCACUUCCUGCAAACAGACAUUUCCUCCGACUGCUUGACAUUGUGCUUGGUUCACCGUGGACGCAUCCAGUCACCACCGUGUCUGUUCAACACUGACACACCGACCAUCGCUGUGGAAAUAAACAGUAUAACAUUA